UUUUUUUUGUUACAGAAUCUAAUAUUCUCUUCUAAAAUCCACUCGUAUGAUGCCUAACUAUUUUUCCCUCAUAUUUCUCGGGCGGAAAACGAACACUGAUUUGUAGGCUGUAGCCCCCAGAACGGGACACGAUCCGAUCUCAACCCUUACACUCUCUCUCUCCCACAUUCUCAGUGUAAAAAUAGUACAACAAUUCUCCAGAAACCCACAAAACCCUAAUCUCAUUCGCGAUAUGAAUCCCAAGCAAAUGCCACCGGAGACCGAUCGCCCGGCGCCGGCAGCGGCGGUAGCAGCUGCGCAGGCGAUCCAGCCUUCCUCCCCACGCUUCUUCUUCUCGGCCACCGCGGCAGCGAGCCCGGGCUCGCACCGCCGGAUCGCGAUAGCCGUCGACCUGAGCGACGAAAGCGCUUACGCCGUACGGUGGGCGGUCCAGAACUACCUCCGCCCCGGCGACGCCGUGAUCCUCCUCCACGUCCGCCCCACCAGCGUCCUCUACGGCGCUGACUGGGGCUCGAUCGACCAAUCGGUCUCCGCCGUGGCUGCGGCCCCCGCCAAGGACCCCGACUCCGACGAGUCGCAGCAGAAAAUGGAGGACGACUUCGACGCCUUCACGACCACCAAAGCCCAGGACCUGGCGCAGCCCCUCGUGGAGGCGCAGAUCCCCUUCAAGAUCCACAUCGUCAAGGACCACGACAUGAAGGAGAGGCUCUGCCUCGAGGUGGAGAGGCUCGGCCUUAGCGCCGUCAUCAUGGGGAGCAGGGGUUUCGGUGCCUCAAGGAGGAGCAGCAAGAGCCGGCUAGGGAGUGUCAGUGACUACUGUGUCCACCAUUGUGUGUGCCCUGUGGUCGUGGUACGUUACCCCGACGAUGGGACUGGUGCGGGAUCACGGACGAGGAGAUCGUUAGUGGACUGUGGUAAUGGGACCACAGGGAAGGAUUCGGAGCUGCAACCGGUGCCGGAGGAGGAGCAUGAGCGCCCUGGUGCCUCUGAAGAUGCUUGAAGAAUAUUUAUCCUGUGGCAUGGUCCUUAUAAUUUCAGGUAAAAUGACCAGCCGCCAAUGGCAGUAGGAAGCUGGUUGAAGCUUUUUGUAGCAGGGAUUCGCUGUGUGAUGUAAUAACGACAGUCUGACUGCUCCCUCUUGUUUGUUUCUCAACACCCUCUCAUAAUUUGAGUGAUUGUUGGGCACAUUGUAUCCUUUGAAUUUCUUGGAUUCUGGCAGUUCUUUGGAGUAAUUUAUGCUGUUUUAGUUGUUCCA